AAGUCGUACCCAGUGGAUAUUUUGCUUGAUACCGGGGCGGGCGGGGGCAACUACAUUUCGUUAGACCUUUGGUAUCGCGUACGUACCUUAGCGAGGUGCAGGUUGGACAGACGUUCGGCGGGAGCGUUGGAAGCAGCGAAUCCGUCGGAAAGUGGCGUGCCCCCGAUGCGCAUUCUCGGACAUGUCACGAUCCCAAUCAUGUUCCAAGACGACUCUCAAUUACGGUUCGUCACUGCCAGAGUAGUACCGGACCUCCCGUACGGUAUUAUCAUCGGAGCUGAAUAUUUUCGACGCAACAAGAGCACGCUUGAUUUUGGAGGAGGCAAAGGCUUUCAACCCACGCCUGACGCGCCGUUCGUACCGUUCCUGUCGAGGCCGGUAGACCACCCUGCCCAACCGUCAUCGCUCUCAGCAGCACGCGAUCGUUUUGCUCUCUUGACAUGCGACCCGCAACGCGACACUAACCUGUCCGACAUUGCCCCGCUGCCCGAGCUGCCCAGUUAUCGUGACGUCGCAUGGGAGGAUGACAGCACUCUGGAAUGGGACCUGGUCCUGGGCUCGCGGAUGUCAUCAGGGUUCACUAGUAUCGCGAUGCAGACUGUAGCGAUAGGCCCUCGGCCACAGGACAGGCAGUUGGUGAUGGUGUUACCCACGGAACGGUUCGACCUAGAGAAGGGAGCCACAGUGGGGAUUGCGCGGGCAGUGAUGUGGUGGACGCCGGGAACACCGGUGUACUGCAAGUUGGUGAACCGCGAUGCCCAGGUCGUCGAGGUCACUAACGGUAGCAUUUGCGCCAGGAUGAUCGCCCUCAAUGUCCGCGAUCGUGGCCGUUUCGACUCUUUGUUCGACGAUACCCCGUCCACUGUUGACCCUCCACUCCCUGACCCGGUUGUUGUGCCCACCCGUGACACGAGCGACGAGACCUCCGCGGCCUCGCCACCCACUGUACGGGCGGCCGACGCUAACAUGGGCCAGCUCGGAGCGCUACAGAAGCAGGAGUUGGUCGAGGUUCUGGCAACGUUCGUUGAGGAGGGCCUAUUCCCGAUCGACCCUAAGAGAGUGGCAGCAUGCGGCGGCACUGAGUUGGAGCUUCCUUUGAUUGACGAGUUUUGUACACCUCACGCAGCCAAACAACGCCGUUUUUCACCCGAGGAGAGACGCAUGAUUAGGGCUGAGAUCCAACAGUUGCUGGAUCGUGGUAUCAUUCGGCCUUCCAUGUCACCCUGGGCAGCUCAAUGCUUGUGUGUCAAGAAGAAAGAUGGAACUAUGCGACUGUGUAUUGACUGGAGGGUGUUGAACAAGCUUCUGGUAGCCGACAGUGGCGGGCUAGGAGAUAUGCAAACCAUAUUCGAUGGACUGAAAGGCAAGCGGUACUUCACUCAGAUCGAUCUAGCGUCGGGCUUUCAUCAAAUUGAAAUUGCCGAAAAGGAUCGGUAUAAAACAGCCUUCCGUGACGCAGACGGCAUGUUGUACGAGUUUACCCGUGCGGGUUUCGGACUAACAGUUCUACCUUCCGCGUUUACGCGUCGAGUGAAGUCUGCUUUAGGAAUUGUCGAUGGCGUGUUCAGCUGGUUGGACGACAUACUCGUCGCAAACGAAACAUGGGAAGAACACCUCGCUGCAUUGGUGCUCGUUCUAACACGCCUUCGUGCUGCUGGACUGUCCGUUAACUUUCCGAAAUGCAUUUUUGGGGCUUCGUCCCAAGAGUUUCUUGGAAUGAUAAUUGAUGCUACCGGCAUGCACCCAGCCCCGUCGAAACUCGAAGCGAUUGCCAACAUGCCCCGGCCACAAACGGUCGAAGACCUCCGCACUUUAGUUGCGGCUCCCCUGACCGACAUCCUCCGCAAUAAAGACUUUGCGUCUAAGCGCGCACGUAAACUCCCAAUUCAGUGGGGGCAAGCGGAGGAACACGCCUUCCACCACCUAAGACAGUGCCUGGCUUCCCCUACCGUGUUAGCUUUUCCUGAUCCUAAUGCACCUUUUGAGCUGCACUCAGACGCUAGCUCAGUGGGCGCAGGUGCUACCCUGCUGCAGACCAUCGACGGUACACCCAGGAUCAUCGCUUUCGCUAGCCACAAGUUCUCUCGCACCGACGCUCGACGAGGACCCACGGAACGGGAAUGCAUGGGAGUAUUGUGGGGCGUUGAUCAUUUCAAGCCGUACCUAGCUGGUAGACAGUUCAAAGUCGUGACGGAUUGCUCUGCACUCACGUGGUUGUUUCGUAGUAGAGAGCUUUGUCCCAAGUUGCAUAGAUGGGCUCUUCGCCUCAUGGAGUACGACAUAGGACUAGAAUGGAGGGCAGGAGUACAUCACGUGUUGCCAGAUGCUCUGUCCCGUCUCCCCGUCGCCAGUAGCCCCUCCGUAGAUGUAGACGACUCUUUUCCUGACGAUUUCACGUCCCCGGAUUCCGCUACUUUUGUUGGCCCGCAAGGCCCUGUGCUUGAUGGUGUGCGUCUCGCGGACCUCACGACCGAGGACGAAUCCGAGCCCGUGUUAUCAGCUAGGCUACAACGCGCGUCCGCACCUGAGCCCAUCGAGCUACCCCCGGCUCAUCCACCGGAGCCGGUGCAGCUCGAGUGCACAAGGUCCGCCGACGUGGAGGAGGUGCUUUCAGCAGGGGGGGAGUUGCCCUUUCGGUCAGCGGUAGACACGGGGUCGACGGCAAUUCACAGGGCGCUACGAGUGCUGAAGAACCCGGACACGCUUAUUCGGCGCCAGCAAGACGAUGCCCUUUUGGGCCAGGUUCGGCGGGAUCUAGGGGGGAGUGGUGAAGCAGGAUACAGUUUGGAUGAUAAGGGAGUGCUACGGUUCGAGUUUGAGAAAGGAAAACUGGCGGAUAUCGCUUUUGGAGUAGCAGAUCAUGCCCAAGGGCAAGGCUCAGUUGAGAGGCUAGGAGGCUGGAUGCAAGAGCUGUUGGCAGAGCUGUGCAAAUGCUGGAACGACCGUUGGGAUGAGUAUGUAUCGCCUGCCAUCUGGAUUAAGCGCACGCUGCCAGACAUUUCCGUUCACCCGCACAUGACCCCGUUUGAACUGUUGUUCGGUCGUAAACCCCGCACCUCGUUGGACUCGCUGGUGCCGCUUUCAGACGAGGGUAACGAAGAUCCUUCGGGAGGUUUGGACAACUUCGUUGAACGGCGCAACCAGAACCUUCGGGAAGUUCGGUUGGUGCUCGAGAAGCGCCACGACCUGCGGGUAGCAGCAAGGGCCAAGUCGAACGCCAAUAUUUCGAGGAGUACGGCGUCGGUAACGGUAGAGAAAGGCAACUUGGUUAUGGUGCGCGAAGCCGACAGCAGUCGUCACCGAGACAAGCGGGGCCGGAAGUUGCAGCACGACCUCUACACCGGCCCUUGGACAGUAGAAGAAGUUUUGCAGAGGGGCUUGAGCGUGCAAGUGAAGAUGCAGGGUUUCACUUCCCAGAAAGACUUUGGCGGAGGGCAAAAGCUCCAAGGACAAGUGUUUGGUCACCGAGACCGCUACUGGCGUGUGCGUUACAGUAACCAGAACUGGGAGGAGUUGACGCGUCAGGAGCUGGAACGUUGUCUUCACUGA